CACAGCCGAGCUAUUAAGACGCCGCCGGGAAGUUUGCACGCUCCGCCCGGGCUUUGCUUAGCGGCUGGUGGUUCGCAAGGUCCAAACGGGAGAGCAACCAGCUGCACAGACGCGACCGAGGAGCCGAGCGCAUCCUCUCAGCUGCUCUCCUGCGCAUGGAGAGACUCAUGAUCCCAGAGAGAGACGUGACAGGGCAGUUUUCCCAAGUCUCCUCCCCUCCCCGCUUUGCUCUGCAGUCACUUCCUGCAGCUGUUUCCAUCUGUGUCCGGUUAUGCUGCUCCCCCCCCCCCCCUCCACCGGCUUUCUCGCCCAUCCACCGGUUCUCUUCGUAGCCCCUUUAGACCUGGUUUUUUUUUAAGUUAUAAAAGAGGCGCCACGAAAGCUCUCCAAGAUCCCAAGCUCCGGGAUGCGGCGCGCGCCUGGCCGGCUCCAUCUCCGGGAAAAUCCUUGCAGGAGCCUCCUGUGAAUCGCUCUCUUUUCCUUCCACCACCAGCCUUCGCGAAGCCGAGCCGCCCUUGGUCUCCUGUCAUCAAAGGAAGCAAUGCCAGAAGUUCUCUCGACAAAUGAUCCUCUUGCAUCAAGCUGGAUUUCCUCCUGCUCCUCCUGAGAAGCUCCCAUCGCUUCCUAUGUCAGUGGGCACCAGGCCUGCAGCCAACUUGCGACUAUCCCCACAGAAACCUCUCGGACUGGGGCCGUCCUUGCCACUCGCACAAGAUGAGGAACUUGCUACAGGGGUGGAGCAGGACCCUGUGUUGGAGGAACUUUGUAAGCCUUUGUGCUGCAGGCUUUGUAACGUCACGCUGAAUUCUGCACAGCAAGCCCAGGCUCAUUACCAGGGUAAAAACCAUAGUAAGAAACUUCGGAAUUACUAUGCUGCCAACAGCUGUCCAGCUCCUGCCAGGAUGAGCAGUUCCCUUGAGCCAGCCACCCAGCCGGUGGUUUCCCUUCCACUCCAGGGUGCUUCCUCAAAACCAGGAGGGCGGGUGAUCCUGGCCACAGAAAACGACUACUGCAAAUUGUGUGACGCUUCGUUCAGUUCGCCGGCUGUGGCCCAGGCUCACUACCAAGGGAAGAAUCACGCGAAGAGGCUGCGCCUGGCUGAAGCUCAAAACAACGCAUUCUCGGAGUCAUCAGAACUGGCGGGCAAAAGGAAGAUGCGGAAAGUAGGGAACGAAUACAAGAUGAUGCAGAGCAGACGAAACGUCUAUGCCGUCCAGAGUAACACAGGCCCUUAUUUCAACCCUCGCUCCCGCCAGCGGAUCCCGCGCGACCUCGCCAUGUGCGUCACCCCCAGCGGCCAGUUCUACUGCUCCAUGUGCAACGCCGGCGCCAGCGAGGAGGCCGAGUUUCGGCAGCACCUGGAGAGCAAGCAGCACAAGAGCAAAGUCUCGGAGCAGCGCUACAAGAACGAGAUGGAGAACCUGGGCUACGUACAAUGAGACGGCGAUUUCCGCUGGCUCCUUCCUCCCUCCCUCCCUCCCUCCCCUCCCGCCAGCCCUGACGGAGGGAGCAACUUCUCUCGCCUGCUGCUUGCCGUUCGCCCUGCUUUUUCUGCUCCGUGCCUUAGGAGUUCUGCUCUCCAGUGCUCUCUCUUCCUUUCUCUCUCUGUGUUUUAAAGCACCUACAAGGCCAGCGGCGAAAUAGGUGAAGCAAAAGGGUUUUUUCAAAUUUUGCUGCCACUUGGCACACGAGUAUGCGCUGCAGGGUGCCAAGUUCUCUGUGUUGUGUUUGCUCAUUUGCUAAGGCUCAACCUUGCCUUCUUCCCUCUACCUGUAUCCUCCCCUUUGCAUGAGUC